CCCAUGGCUUAACCUGUAUAUUUCCUGCUCCAUGUUCCAGGUACAAGUAUAAGGGGAGAUCGCCUAUGUUUCUCAGACAGCGUGGAUCCAAACGGGGACCAUACAAGAGAAUGCCCUCUUUGGGUGCACCAUGGAUCAACAUAGAUAUGAAGAAGUACUGGACAAGUGUUCUCUAAGAAAGGAUCUUGAGAUGCUUCCGUUUGGGGCUUGCACAGUAAUUGGAGAACGAGGUGUUAAUCUCAGUGGUGGUGGGCAGAAGCAGCGGGUGCAACUGGCACGUGCAUUAUACAAAGAUGCACAUAUAUACCUAUUUGAUGAUCCAUUCAGUGCUAAUGAUGCACAUACAACAAGAAGUUUAUUCAAUGAAUAUGUCAUGGGAGCCCUGGCAAGGAAAACGGUCUUACUCGUCACCCACCAUGUUGAUUUCCUUCCAACAUUCGAUUCUAUCUUGGUUAGGAUUUCAACUGUUUGCACUUUCUGCGUUUUCCUUCUUUGA